AUGAAAAUUUUAUUAAAACGUCAAUUAACUGAAUUAAAUCUUUUUCCAAGUCGAUUAGUUAAUGAUGAUCAUGUUUAUUAUCAACGAAUAGGAACUCGAUUAUACAUAUUUAUUCUUAUAAUUUCAUUAAUUAUAUUAACAUUGUAUUCAUCAAUAAUUAAACAAACUAAUUACGAAACAAUUUUAAAUCCUAUUGAAUCGGAUUAUACUAAACUUCAUGAAAUCUAUGGAAAUAAUCUUAUAUGUCAUUGUACUUCAUUAUCAAUAUCUUAUAAAUCAUUUAUUUCUAUUGAACCUGUUUACCAUCAAAUAUGUUCAAGUGAAUUUAUAUCUUCUGCUUGGAUUGAUUAUCUUUUAGAAAAUGAAAUUAAAUCUUAUUUUACUGCUGAUUAUAUUCGAACAAAUUUAGGUACACAACUGAAUAUACUUCGUACAUUAUGUGAAUAUUCAAAACAAAUGACAAAUGAUGGUCUUAAUGCUUUUUUUCAAACACAAUUUGUUAGUUCUCAAGUUAUUUCCGAAGAAAUAUUUCGUAUACAAAUUAAUACACUUAUUCAACAAUGGUUUAUCGAUGCACUUAAUCGAUGUCAACGUGUUAUUGAUCUUGUUCGAGCAACAAAUCAAGGAAAUAAAUUUAUGAAUGAUUAUUAUAAUUUUAAAUUAGAAAUUAAUACUACAUUCGGUCAAGUUAAUUUCGUUUCGAUUGAUUAUUCAAAUUGUUCUUGUGAUCUAGAUCAAACUUGUAGUAUACCAUUAUUUAUUGGAACAUCAGAUGAUGUAUUUUCUACUGAUUCAAAAAAUAAUACAAAUUCAAAUUUUUUUAUUGGUUGUUAUGCAUUUGAAGCUAUAUUACAAGCAACAUUAGAAUGUUUUUAUAAUCGAUCUUGUAUAGAUAAUAUAUUAUUUAUGAAAAAUGGAGAUAUAGAUGGAUAUGAAUUAUUUGCUAAUAUUUCUACAUUAAUAAUUACUGAUAAUCAAUCAAAUGAAACUAUCGCAUCGAUCGUUCAUCGAGUUAUGAUUAAUUCAUUAUUAUCUAAUAUUUCUUUUUCUUCAUAUUAUAAUAAAUGUCAUCCACAAUUAUGUACAAUCGAAAAAAUUAGUCGACAAAACGUGUUUUCUAUUAUUAUGCUUGUGAUUAGUGUAUUAGGUGGUUUAUCAACAGGUUUAAAAAUUUUAUUUUUAAUUGGAAUAAAAUUUUUUCAAAAGAUUAAAGAUGUUAGACAAUUUGUUCGAAAAAUUUUUACUUGUACUAAUGAAUAUGAAAUAACUACUCGACUUCAUUUUAUAUUACUUAUUAUUUUAAUGCUUAUUUUUUAUUUUAUCACAUUUUUACCAUCAUCAUUAAUAACUGUUCAGAUAACCGAGCCUAAUCUUUCUAUUUAUCAAGAUUUAUCAAAGCAAACAUCUGAAAUAGUUCAAUGUUCAUGUUCACAAAUUUCAUUUAAUUAUGAAACAUUUCUUAAUGUUCAACCAUAUUUUCAUGAAAUUUGUUCGAGUGAUUUUAUGUCUAAUGAAUGGAUUCGAUAUAUUCAUGAAACAAAUAAACAAUAUUCUCAAUUAAAUUAUACUGAUUUUCGUUUAUCAGCUGUUGGUCAAUUUCAAUUAUUAAUAUCAUUUUGUCAACUGUCACAACAAACUAUUGAUGAAUCUUUAUCACAAUUAAACGUAACAGCUUAUAUUGAAACUCAACUUGUACCUUUAAAUGUAUUAGAUAAUAAAAUUCAAACGACUAUGAAAGAAUUUCAUUUAAAAACUUCAAAAUCAUUUGGUACUACAUUGAGUAUUCUUCGUGAAAUAUCGGAAACUAAUAAACUUAUGAGCGGUUAUUCAACAAAUUGGAAAUAUGAUAAUAUUGAUAUCGAUGAAUAUUCUUCUUUUCUUUAUACAACGUCACUUAAUUAUGAAGGAUGUGAUUGUGCAUUAUCAUCGAAAUGUACACAAUCAUCACGUGGUAUGAAAGUGGGUUGUUAUCCAUUUGAAGCUCUUCUUCAAUCAACACUUCAAUGCUUUUACGAUCAACAAUGUAUUGAUAUGAAUAAGAAUUUUGAAGCAUUGAAUUCAUCAAAUGUAUUCAGUCGAUUUAAUAUUACUUCAACUAUUGUAUUUAUCGUACAAGAAUUAAUGAUAGAGAAUUAUUCCAUUGUUAUGUCCUAUGAAAAUUAUUUUAAUCAAUGUGCACCAUCAUCAUGUAGUUAUUCUUAUACUGGACAUCAUAACGCAAUCGAUACUAUCACAAUGUUAAUUGGACUGUAUGGUGGUUUAGUAAUUAUAUCUCGAUGGUUUGCUCUAUUCAUCUUUCAACUAUACAAAUCUCGAAUUCGACAAAUUCAUCCAGUUCUAUAA